GCCACGCAGAAUGACACUGCCCUUGCCCCUCCCAGUCGACUCCCUAAACAUGUCUCAAGCACACAGCCGUGUGCAGCUUGGCAUAGGUUAUGCGCCCCGAGGAUUGCGUGAUGUUAGCAUAUAAUUUUGCCCUUGCGGACAGGAUAGGCGUUCGCUGCGUCGUGCCCGCCGCGACCCCUCAAGGGCUGUAGACUGUGGGCACCUCCGGCUCCCAUGGUCUACCCUUGUGGCCCUCGCUGCUAGCAUCGUCUGUAUAACAUCGUGUGUGACUCUUUGUGGCCAUUCGCAUGUCAAGCGGCGGAAGGCCUCAACACCACGGCCGUUGGUGCCGCGUGGAGAACAGUGCUAGCUUUUGUAUGGAUAGGUGCACUGCACGUUGCAAGUUCUGCUGGCCAGGAUAACGGCACGACAUGCGAGCCAGGGUCUGCCCGCCAAACCUCGUCCAGUGUGUUGCCUGUAGGACCUUUCCUGCCUUUGUUUAUGAAGAAUAGGUUCUGAGUAGAUUUUAGACUCUUUCAAAUACAUUUGAAGAACCACGCGUGCGCUAGAAACAAAGAAUGCCGUCUUCUUCAACGUAAGCUCAAACAGCAAGUGGUUGGUCGGACGGCAACUAUGGCUAGCGGUGCACCUGCGCACGAGGUUGCGGAGCCGACUGCGCAGGGCGGGCACACGCAGUCAAACCGAGUCCAUCUUCAGUCCCUGCGCACAGCUCUGAGCGUGGGCGAGGAUGUGUUUCGCGAGGCCCAGCAAAAAGCAGGCAACCUACCAAAGCUUGCAGAUGUUGGGCGUGGCCCGGCCACGCUGUCUGAAGCGAUUAAUGUGCGCGAAGCCAAAGAGGAGGAGAAGCGGAGGCGGGAGCUGGCCAAAAAAGACAUCAAGGUCAAGGGCAAGCAGGUUACUCCUCUGCCUGCGACCUCAGCGACGCCUGCGAACGAGCAGCCUGGGCUCAAUAUCGGCAAUCCGUCAGAGGCAGCCGCGUUCUGGAUGUACACUGAGGACUACUUCCGCGACGUCACGCAAGAAGACAUCUUGGCGCUGCUUCCAGUCGCGGCCAACCCCGAGGACGACGACGCCUUCACGGUGCCGUUCCUUGGGCGUGACCCCAGAGGCGCCGACCGGCAUGCGGGGGCGCGCGGCGGGCAGCCAGGCGGCAAAGACGACGACGCUGGAGAGCGCCGCGGCCUUACGAGCAGCGCUGGCGACGGCUUCCUGCUGCCGCCCGGCGGCAGCGCGGCGCAGCCGCCGCUACAGCCUGGCCUGGAGCCGCUGCUGCAGGGCCUGCGCCCCGACGGCCGCUCCGCCGCGGCCACCAUGCUGGACGCCUGCACCGACGAGGAGGCGCGCGCCUUCGCCGAGCUGGCGCAGCAGAUGGGGCUGCUGGACGAGGGCAUCGAGCUGCAGGGUUUGGACAGGGCGGCCCUGGAUGCGCUGCUGCACCGCGUGGGCCAGAUCGGCGCCGGCGAGGCAGCGGAGGGAGCUGCUGGCGAGGCGGCUGCUGGCGGGGGGGCUAGCGCUGGGGAAGGAGCGGUGGCCGCGGCAGGGGCGGUGAGCAGCGCCGGGGAGGCGGAGAAGCAGGAGGGCACAGCCGCGGGGCAGGCGGGGGUGCAGCAGGGCGCGGGCGCCAGCGGGGCAGCUGCGGCCGGCGAGGAAGACACCAACUCGAGCAGCAAGGACCCGGCCGGGGCCGCCCUGAGCAAGGCGGAGCUGCUGCGCGCUGCCGCUGGCGACUUCGUGCACCCCUACCUCAAGCGGAUCCUCGAGCGCCCCGUCACCGCGUACGUGCUGAACCCCACCGCCGGCAACGGCAGCCUGUUGGGCGUGUCGCCGGAUGAGGAGGAGGAGGCCGCGGCGCGGCCACCGGAGCCGCGCACCGGGCCGGGCCGCGGCCGCGGGCGCGGGCGGGGCGACGGCAGCUUUGCCACGCCAGGCGGGCGGGGGCGGGGUGGGGGCGGCGCCGGGCUGCACGCCAGCAUGUCGCUCGACUUCACACCGCUGCAGGCGGCCGCAGAUGCAGGCGGCGCCGCGAGCGGCGGGGGCCUGGCCACCACUGCCUCCACGGGAGCGCUCGGCUCGCUGGCGCACGCACCCUCGCCGGAACUGCACCAGCUGCCGCCGCUGCCGCCGCUGCCGCCGGCGCCGCCGGCGCCGCCGGCGCCGGGGCAACAGCCGCCGCAGGCGGCGCAGCAGGCGCCGGAGGACGCCUCCGGCGCCGCCGCCACGCCCGGACCGGGCUCCACAGCGGAGAAGGCCGCGGCGGGGGCCGGCGCCACCGGCCCGCGCGGCGGCCGCGCGCGCAGCACCGUCAACUACUCAGCCCUAGCUGGCCGUAAGGACAAGGACCGGGAGCGCGAGCUGCGAGCCCAGGAGGACCGGGAGGCGCGGGAGCGCGCCAAGACCGUGGCGGCCACGACGCAGAAGAUCAAACGCAAGCCGGGCCCCAAGCCUGGGUCCAGCUGGAGCGCGGGCAGCGGCGGCUAUGGCCCCGGCAAGCCCGCCAGCAACAACCCGCUGUCGGGCGCGGGCGGCAAGGCGCCGCUGCUGUUCAAGGAGGACCCCACCUCCAGCGCCGUGGCGGCGGCGGUGGCGGCCAUCGUCGCGGAGGGCGGCGCCGACGGCGACCUGGCGGCUCAGUGGGCGCAGUUGGACGCGGGCAGCGACGUGCUGGGCCUGGCGCCGGACGACGAGGUGCUUGCGGAGAUGCUGGCGCUGCAGAGCGAGCUGGCGCAGCAGGCCGCCAUCAACCGCGCCCGGGCGGCGUCUGUGCUGCGCGCGGCGCUGGCGGACGUUGGCAACCAGCGCGCGGUGGCCGCCCAGCGGGCGGAGUGGGAGGACCUCAUUCGCAACUACCUGCUGCGCAAGGCCGAGGCCAAGCGCAACGCCAAGCGGGAGAAGCGGGAGAUGGAGAGGCGCCAAGCCGUGGCGGCGCUCAACGACGCAGCCUCACCCAAGGUGGGCCGCCCCAAGAAGCUGACGGGCGCGCUGGCCUCGGGCGGCUAUGAGCUCAUGAUGCUGGACGGCGGCGAGGGCGCCGAGGCCUGGCGCGGAGCCACGCCCGGCGGAGGCGGCGGCCUGGUCGGGCUGGGCGAGGGCGGCGGCGCAGAGGUCAUGCUGCCGGGGCCCGGCGAGUACGAGGCCGACUGCCUGGCGCAGAGGGCUCACGACGAGGAGGCGGUGUGCUGUGUGUGCGCGGACGGCCUGAGCCUGGAGCCCAACAUCAUCGUGUUCUGCGAGCGCUGCGACAUCGCCGUGCACCAGGCCUGCUACGGAGUGCGCAACAUUCCCGCGGAGGAGUGGCUGUGCUGGCCGUGCCGCAUGUAUGAGGAGCAGCAACGCGCGGCGGGCGUGCCGCAGGACGAGGUGCGGCCCAAGCGCUGGGAGAUGGAGGCCCGCGGCAUCACGCACGCCGAGCUGCCGGGCGGCUCCCACGCGGUGUCCUGCUGCCUGUGCCCCGUGCGCAACGGCGCGUUCAAGCGCACCACCGACGGCAAGAACUGGUGCCACGUGAUUUGCGGCAUGUGGCAGGAGGGCACAUCGGUGGUGCAGGUGGACGGGCCGGACGCGGUGGAGGGGAUGAACAACAUCAAGGCAGACCGCUGGCGCUCGCCGUGCGGGCUGUGCGGCCGCACCAGCGGCGCCGUGGUCAAGUGCAACUACGGCCACUGCCAGGCCUACUUCCACCCGCUGUGCGGCCGCCGCGCCGGCAACUACCUGGUGGCCCGCGCGCAGCCCGGCUCGCGGGUGUUCAAGCACCGCGCCUACUGCCACAACCACUCGGAGGCGCAGCGCAAUAAGGACUACUGCACCGGCGCGGCGGCGCGGGCAUCAGAGGUGAUGACCGCGCCGGUGCCCGGGCUGGGCCACGGGCGGCGCGGGGCCUCCUCCUCCGGCGGCUCGCUUCCGGGCGCGCUGCCGGGCGGGGGGCUGGAGGGCCUGGACGGCGGCUAUGGCGGCGCGGGCGGCCUGGAGGGCGGCGGCGCGCUGAUGGGCUACGGCGGCGAGGCGGGCGACAUGAGCGGCUUCAUGCCGCCGCAGCCUGUGAAGCGCAAGAGCGGCCGGCCGCCCAAGCUGCAGAAGCUGCUGCAGCUGCAGCAGCUGGGAAACAACCCGGGCGGCAUGGGCAUGGGCAUGGGGCUGGGCGGAGAGGCCGAGCCCGGCCUGCCCUCCCCCACCGGCGCGGUGCCCGGCGUGGGCAUGGUCUCCCCCACUGGCGGCUACGACGCCUCCGGGCAGCUGCCCGACGCCUACAACCCCAUCAUGCAGGCGGCAGGCCCCGGCCGGCCGCCGCUGGCAGGGCGCCUGUCGAUGUCCGCGGCGGCGAAGCGGCGGGCGGAAGCGGCGGAGGCGGCGGGCGGGUACGGCGGCGGGUACGGCGCCGUCAAGUCGGAGGACGGCGCGGGCGGCACGCCGGCCGUGUCCUCCGCACCGGGCGCCACCGGCGCCGCUGCCGGUGGCAGCGCCGCCCCCGCGCCGUCCAUCUCCACCGCCAGCGGCGCCGCGCCGGCGGGGCUCCUCCCGGCAGGCCAGAAGCGGCAGCGGAUACCCUCCGCCAUUGCGUUGGAGGCCGCCGCGUCAGCCCAAUACGGCGCGGUCGCCGCCGCCUCGCCGCCCACCAAGCGUAUCAAACUCAAAGCCAAGGUGACCACGCCCGGCAGCGCCGCCGCCGCCUUCGGCUACGCCGGCAGCGCGGGCGGCACCGGCGGCGGCGGCGGCAGCGGCGCCGAGCCGGCCCGCACCAGCUCUCGCAGCCGGGGCGGCGCCACGGGGCCGCAGGGCGCCGGCGGCGGCGGGGCGUCCAUGUCAUCCGCGCCUGGGGGAGGCAUGGACGGCGAGGUGGGCAGUGCGGAGAAGGCGGACGGCGUGCGGGCAGCAGGUCCGGGCCGUGACUGGCGGCGGCGGGUGGUGAUGGGGCCUGAUGGGGUGUGGGUGCCUCGCGGGACGCCGACGGCCGACAAGCAGCCAUCCGGGGGACAAGCAGGCGCGGGAAACACCGGCGGCGGCGCGCCGGGCGGCGGCGGCGGCGGCGCGGUGCCGGGACCCGGCAUGUACGGCGACUCCGGGCUCCAAGCAAACGCGGGGACGGCGGGUGCGCAGGCGGCUGCCGCGGCCGCCGCCACGGCGGCGGCUGCCGCGGCAGCUGCUGGGGCUUCGCCAGGGUUAGACGGCGGGAACGGCAAUGGCGGCUACGGGCAGCUGUUCGGUGUGCCUACGGCAGUUGCCAGCAGCUUCCCCAGCGGCGACUUGGGCUUUGGCGCCGGCGCCGACGCCGACUUGCUCAUGGGCGACGCCGGCAGCUUCUUCGCGGAUCUGGGAGGAGACAUGGUGGGCGGCGGCGGCGGCUUUGACGGCGGCGGCGGCGGCAGUGGCGGCCUCGGCGGCGGCGAUGCAGCUGCCAUGCGCGGGCGCGGCGAAGGCCGCAGCGCUGCGGAGGCCCGGCCCGGCGGCGGCGAUGAGGAGGACGGGCGCGGCGGCAGCAGUGACGCAGAAGCCGACGGCGAUAGUGGUGCGGAGCCGCCGCCUCGGCGGCGCCGCCUGGCGCGGCAGGCGUCGCAGGCGCAUUACCUGUUGCUACGUAGCGCGGCCAAGGCGGCCAGGGAUGGCUCGGGCUCGGCGGCGCCGGCCGCAAUCGGGGCUGGGGCGGCGGACGAGGCGGCGGCGGGCGGCGCCAACCGGCGGCGGAAGGCGGCGGGGGUGCAGAGCCCCAGCUCAGCGGACGUGGCCGCGCCUCGGAAGCACAGCGAGCGCGGUACCCGCGAGCCGGAGGCCAAGGCAGAGGCGGCAGCGGGGGUGGGCGAGGAUUUGCCGCGUGCUACCCGCGCCGUCAUGAGCCAGCGCGCUGCGGAGGAGCUGAACAAGAGGCUGCCGCGCGGGUACCGCUUUGAGCGGCGGCCGCCGGAGGGCGGCGAUCGUUGAGCUGCGAGGCGGCUGCGGAAGCCGCUCACCACGGAGCAUGAUCAAGAGGUUGGGCCCAGAGUUGUGAUGGGCUUGCUUGUUGGGUGGAGGUAGCAGAGCGUGGUGGGUUCGGAGUUGGUGGUGGACAACAAGAGUAGUAGGCACAGUGGUCGGGGUGAAAGGGCGAACCUUGGAGUGCGAUGAAGCGCGUUUGUGUGUCCCGGUUGUGAUGAUGCUGAGUGGGGACUGCGUCUGGGGGGAUGCUAUACAUAAGCAUAGGAGAAACUGUCUCGGAAGUUGCGUUUCCCAUGAAAGACUGGCAAGUGUCAGAGGCAGCGGUAGACUCCAGAUGUGCGGCGACUGCAUGCAGAGGACAGAGGAUGCUCAGAUGGGGUUCACGGGUCCGGUAAAAUAUAAUGUAAUGUAGGUUCGAGGACAGCUCCGCUAACCCCCAACUAACUCGUGUACGGCACCCCCACCACCGUCAGCCAUACAGGAGUUGACUUGAGAGUGGCAGCUGCGCGAUUGUGAGCAGGUAGUUGUACGGUUGCCCAGCUCGGAAGCUACCUGACUGUAGUGACGCACACGGGCAGUUGGCGCUAGUCGGCAGGCGCGCGCAUGGGAAUGAGCAGUUGAGCGCGCACGCGUGUGGUAAGCUGUGGCAGGGCACGGUGGAGCACGGCGGAGGCUGGCGGUUGGCGCGGCGCGCGAGUGGGAGUGCAUAGUCGUGCGCGCGCCGUGUGGGAAGCCGCGUGUGUGAGCUGCGUGUAAACUCAGAGAGAC